CCCUAUCAUCAUCCCCAGCCAUCAUAUCUGCCGCUGUCGCCCCUCUGUCGUGUGCCGCCGGUCUCUGUUGCGGGUAAUCGUGAAGCGAUCGGCUUCUGUCACCAACCGUCCGGGCUGACCUGUCACCGCCAUCGAUCUCUACUUUAGUCAUUUUCAGGAAUUGGAGUAAUUAGAGCCAAACCGAGCUGGAUGGAUCAUGUUCCUAAGUUGGCUGUGUUGCUCUUGCUCCUUGGAUAUGUUUCUUUCACAAUAAGUGCCUUGCGUGGCAAUGAUGAUUAUGAACAUUGCAAACAUACUGUCAAAAAGUGGGCUUCUUCUUCUGUUGACAUAGAACCCAAAGAAGACAAGCAUAUACUACAGGAUUUGCUGUUUUUCCUUCACAUACCAAGAACUGGUGGGCGAACAUACUUCCAUUGUUUCUUGAAAAGAUUGUAUGCUAGCUCUUUCGAAUGUCCUCGUUCUUAUGACAAGUUGCGGUUUGAUCCAAGCAAAUCAAAUUGCAGAUUAUUGGUUAGCCACGAUGACUAUGGCAUCAUGUCGAAACUUCUAAGGGAAAGAACUUCAGUGGUGACCAUACUUAGGAAUCCUAUUGACCGUGUCUUUAGUACUUAUGAAUUUUCAAUAGAGGUAGCAGCUAGGUUUUUGGUGCAUCCUAACCUAACAUCUGCCACACAAAUGGCUGGACGCCUGCGUUCAAAGACCAAAGGAGUAAGUACACUGGAUAUUUGGCCAUGGAAGUAUCUGGUUCCAUGGAUGAGAGAGGACCUAUUUGCUCGGAGAGAUGUCAGAGUGCAAAGAGGCCCAACUUAUGCUAAGAACGUUAACUCAUAUAAUAUGGGGGACAUUGUGAUGCCAUUACAUGAAUACAUUAAUGAUCCUAUAGCUCGGGAUAUCAUCCACAAUGGAGCCACAUUUCAGAUUGCAGGACUCACAAACAACUCUAAUCUACCUGAGUCGCAUGAUGUGCGCAAUUGUGUACUAAAGCAUCAAUCUCUUGGUGAAUAUGUUCUCGAAGUUGCAAAGAAGAGGUUGGAUAAUAUGUUAUAUGUUGGACUCACUGAGGACCACAAAGAAUCUGCUACGAUGUUUGCAAAUGUGGUUGGCGCACAGGUGAUUUCUCAGUCAAUUGUGGCCAGUUACAGCAAUGAUCCUGCAGCUAAUGAUAAAUCAGGAAUAGGAGGACCAAAAAAGAAAGAUGAAAAGGAAGAUGGGAGCUUGUCAUCUCCAGAUAUGAAAUCUGAUACGAGUCAUUAUCAGAAUCGCACUGGUCAGAACACAAGUAAAAUUUCAACUGAAAAUGUUAAUGCUACAAGUGGAAAUAUGACUGUGGGAAAACUUAUGCAAGUUUAUGAGAGUUGCAUUUCUAGCUUAAGAAAGGCCCAAGCACAACGACGUACUUCUUCUUUGAAGAGAAUCUCCCCAGCAAACUUUACAAAGGAGGCACGUCGUCAGGUUCCUGAAAUGCUGCUUCAGGAGAUUAAGUCACUUAACAGCUUAGAUAUGAAACUCUAUCAGUAUGCUCAGAACAUCUUCUCAAAGCAACACAAACAGAUGGUGGAAAAACUUGGUGGUGCUGGAAGGCAGGAGAGCAUGUUCAACAAUCCAUACCGCGCUGCCUCUUGGAACUUCCUUUACUUGGGAAUGCUCAUGAUCAUACUGCUUUUGUUGGUUGCAUUAUUUGUAAAUGCCAGAAGAAGAACGUCAAAAGUGAAAAUAUGAACAUGAACGCAAUUUAGUUGCAGUUGCUAGGCAUACACGAAGUCCGUAUGCUGUAAGUAAGAAUUACUUUAGUGUCCAUUUAUUGUCAGGUGCUGAUGCCCCUUGAUGUAAAGUCAUAUUUGGAAAUUUUGUUUGUUGAGGUGGGCAAUCAUGAAAGGUGAAAGUAACAAAGUUUUCUCCAUCUCCCUGCAUUAUCUAAAAGUGUCCUGAUGGGUGACAUGGAGAUUUAAGUUUGCCUCAUUGCUACGGUUUUUGUUUUACUUUUGUAGAAGAAGCAAUGAGGGGCUAACCAAAGUAGCUUGAUCUGACCAACUUGUAUCCUAUUAGGUUCCCCCCCCCCCCCCC